GUGGCGCCAUCAUUCGCUAGCCAGGAAGCUCAGGAGUAGGACGUACGGGACGGGGGUCAAGAUUUAUCCCUCCUGUAACUCUGCGAUUAGAGUUGAUAUUCCUAUUUCAUAUAUUGACAUAGGCUAGUCAACUCAUACUAUUUUCAUUUACCCCCAGAUUUGAUUACGGCAUUUGAUUUUAAGAUUUGAAUGAAGUUGUGUGUGAUGAACCCAGGAUAUGAAAGCCAAGGUUGCGUGAUGGAAUACGCGGCCAUGUUGAGCGCGCCAGAUUUAGUGUCUGGAUUGCGAGAUUUGCUGGCUGACCCUGACCAUGCAGUGGUAAAGCGGACCAUACGGGUGUUCGCAAAUGUCUACCGCCACGCCUUCCAGCUUCUGUCCACAGGCGACCUGGAUGAGGUCACCUUCAAUGGCGCCUGGCCCGCGGUCAAAAGCGUGGCAGAACAACUCAUACACAUGUUGACUACAGCAGAAAAUGAAGGCUUGAUAAUUCACAUAGUUCGAUUUUUGGAAGCAGCAUUAAUAGCUCAUCUGCUGUCUGACGUAUCACGCUUUCCAGAACUUGCCACCCAAAUUCCAAAGAUAGUGGCCAAAGGUGUGAAUGCAUUAAAAGCGUUAGUGACGACCCCCUAUGUCGGUGGCUCGGCCUUCAUUGUGGCGGUAAGGGCACUCAUAACCGUUGCCUGUUACAAGCGGGACCUCUGGGUCCCUGUUACCAACCUUAUAGAAAAACAAAUUGCCUCUCCACCACCAACGCUGUUCGACCAUAAUGUACGAUCUCUCCACAAGAUACUACAGAGGAACCUUUUCAGAUUGUUAAGACGAGCUGACUCGACACCCCUUCGCAGCCAACUGAUAGAAAUGAUGGUAACCGUAGGCGUCCCUCGUCGCAUGCUGUCUCAGUGGGCACCACCCCAGGAGAAUCGUAAAAGAUCGGCGCAGCUGGCACAUAGUGAAGAUGCCAUCACUGGACGAAACACUCCUCCAACUGCCAAAAGAGCUAAACAUGAGAAUGUAAAUGAAAACAGAAGAACGCCGCCUAGGGAUCCUCGCGAGGCUCGUGACACUAGAGAAGGGCGUAUUCCUCGGGACAUGCGUGAGGUGCGUGGUGAAUCACGAGACCCAAGAGUUAGUGGGGAGCCUAGAGACCCAAGAACGGCUCAGCGUGCAGUCCCAAGACUUAGCCCACCUCGCGAUCCACGAGAAUUGCACGGCAAAGACCCACCCAGCAAGCCUAACACACCGCCAGCCUCUGGGAGGUCCACACCUGAAAUAGUAAAUGUUCCCACCCCUGAAGAGACGACGAUUGUGUCUGUACCUGAGAUUGUGUCCAUGCUCGAGGAGAAGAGUGUGUCUAUACCCGAAGAGAAGAUUGAGACCAUACCCGAAGAGAAGAUUGUGGCCACCAUACCCGAGAAGAUUGUGUCUGCACCUGAGAAGACUGUAAGCAUUACCAAGAAAGUAAAAGAAGUUAAUUCUAACUUUGAAUUCUUGAAGAGCUUGAUUACAAACACAAAGAGUAAAUCGGCACCCUCUUCAGAACGUUUUUCUGAGAAGGAGAGGACCCUUUAUGAGCGAUUGGAUCAUCCUCAUGUGGUGGAACUGGUUUUAUCUUGCCUUGAUAGUGUGCCUGAUUCACCCCCAGAAGAUCUGCUUACACAGCUUGGUCAUGGCAGCGGUGAUGUAGAUGGUAUCAGGGAACAUUUAACUCGCCUUCUGGCUCCGCACCUACAUGCAGACUUUAUCAACAGUUUGACACCAGUUGAUGAGGAAAACGUCUCAAACCCACCGUCAAGACCACCUUCCACUUCAGCAGCUACAACCUUUUUGCAUAGUGUAACUCCACCCCUGGACAUUCAGCGGGAACCCUCACCACCUUCUCCUCCAUCCUCCAGUCGCUCCACACCCACAGAUAUAUCUCUAAUGUGCAAUUCCGAUGUUGAUCUGCGGCAUUUCUUGAAUAGAGGAUUCCAAACCACCGGAGAUGUUGAUAUGAGGACAAGUGACCAGCGAUUUUCCAGAGAUCCCAAAGGAAUCACAGGAAACCACAAGCCUCUAGUAGAUCCAAGGACUUCAAGGGCUGACCCAAGAAUCCCCAAAACAAACAAUGUAGACAAUAAAGGUGACGUAUUAGAUACCAGAACAUCCUUGGUCAACACAAGCACACGACUAGACCCAAGAAUUACAAUGAUGGAUCCUAGAACCCUGUCAGACUCUACAGACGCGCAGCGGACUACCAUGGAUCCUAGAAUCGCGCAGCCCUUCACUGAUGCCAGGAAUUCCAGAAUAGGUACUUGUACUGACCUUGGAGAGCAGAUGUUGGGUAACAGCCAGCAAAACUUCAUGGGAAUGAAUAGUGGUUUCACCGGAGUGAGAAAUAACAUGAUGCAGAACAAUUUCCAAAAUUUUGAUUCCAUGUUUGGAAACGGCGGUGGCCUAAAUCAGCAAGACCCACGAUUGAUGAAUGGGGUAGGGCUCUGUAAUGGGCCCAUGGACCUCAACUCCGGAAGACUAGGAAAUGGCAACCUUCAUAAUCCAGGUUUCAUGGGAAAUGGGGGCAAUAUGUACAGAGCGGGGCCCGGUGGACCAUGGCAGGGUAAUAUGCAGCCAAACCGUAUGGCCAUGAUGAUGCCUAUGAUGAACGGUGCCCCAGGCAUGUUCUCCCAGGCGCCACCUAUGCACUUGUAGCUGGUGCCGCCCAGGCUUCCCCUCGGGGAGGCGAUGGGGGUGAGGCGUCCACUUUUUCCCCCAAACUGCCCUAGCUGGCAACCAUACAAUUACGGGCCAAAUAUAAACUUUUAAGUUUUUAUUUUUAUCUUGAGUUAUUUCCAAUCACUCCAUAAGGUGCUAAAGAUUAUUAAUAGCAAUGUGUAAAUGAUGACUUAUGUUUACUUGUACUCAUUUUGCUUAUCAUUUGAUUGAUAUCUUCUUGUUCAGCUGUUACUGUUACCUAAUCAUUCUGUUAUGAAAUCAUUCACUUAAAUAAGGAUCUUUGUUUGUGUUCUGUAAAUAUGGUGUUAAGUAUAGAAAGAAAAUAAUAUUUGUUGUUAAAACUAAUGUCACUUGUACAGCAGCAGCAGCUAGUGCGUCCAGGGCUCAGUGCGCAUAUAUUUAUUAUGAGUGAAUGUAUUGUGUAUUCCUUUUUUUAUAUUUUGAAUAAACAAUAUGAAAGACU